AUCACUUCCCAGCGCUGUCUCUAUCUGCCCAGAAGCUGCAGCUGCUCCCUGCCCCAGGCCAUCUCAGCCCUGAGGGGCUGCCCCCAGGAUGCAAGGAUCCAUGGCUGCUGUCUCGCUCCUCCCUCUCCUGCUCCUCACUGCCAUCCCCCUCACCCUCGGGUCCCAGGCGGCAGUGACAUCCUCCUCAGGCCUAAUACACAAGCCAGAAAAAGGAGCUGAACUGAGCCUUUCACCCAAGUCUCCACUCUCAAACAUGUCAGCACCUUCUGAGCGGCAAGAGACUCAGUACAAAAGCCAGCUCACCCCAAGGAUUGCACUGUCAGGUGAGGAAUCCAAGAGGAAUCCAGAAAGAAGAGUUCAACUCAGCCAUAUACCCAAGUCUCCACUCUCAAACAUACCAGCACCUUCUAAGAUACAGGAGUUGUAUACAUUCACACAGCCAGGUGAGGAAUCUGAGAGGGGAUUCAAGAGGACAUGGAGGGCAUCAAGCCAGCAUAAGCAAGGAGGCCCCUACCAACCCACCGACUGCUGCUUGAAGUUCGCUACCCGUGUCCUCCCACUGCGACUAAUUGACAGUUACUACAAGACCAGCAGCCAGUGCUCCAGGCCUGGAAUCAUCUUCAUCACCAAAAGAGGCUAUUUGAUCUGUGCCAAUCCCAGUGACAGAUGGGUCCAGAAUCACAUCAAGAACCUCCAGGAGUAAGCAGGUUUUGGCAGAAAUCCCUCCAGAUUUAAUUGUUAAAAUUUCGAAAUUUCAAAAUCGCGCAGCCACUACUGCAGCCCAUGACAUCAUAUGUUAUUUAUAACUAGCAAUAGAAAACAAAUUGUUUACUGUUGCCUUUUCAGCAGAUAUGAGUGUUGGGGUAAAAUCCCAAAUAAUAAUGGUGGGUCUGGCUUCAAAAUAUUGAAUGUAAUCAAAGUAGGGAGAGAGUAAUAUGGAAAUCAUCUGCCCCACAGGUAGGGGGGAGGUAUGGGAUGGGGCUAUACUGGGGUUUUUGGUGGUGGAGAAUGGGCACUGCUCAAGGUAUGGGUGUUUCAUUGUAUGACCAAGACUUAAACCUGAAAGCUUUGUAACUGCUCUCACGGUGAUUCAAUAAAUAAAAUUAU